AUGGAGAAGGAGCAUACGUGCCAAUGUUCCAUGGAAGUGCUGCGUCUCGUGAACGAGCUCCGUAGCAUCCACACCGUUGUGGAAAUUGGAACCGUCUUUGAUUUGGUUCAUCGUGUCUGCAGCCAAGGCCAAGCGAUCAUCAAGUGCAAGGACUGCAGGAGAAACCCCCAAGCAUCCAUAAUGACCUUUCCUACAUUAGCAGAGCAAUGUCUUCUUUUUUUCGAGGCGAUUUGUGCGGCGUACAAUAUCAGCCGGCAGAACACCUUGUUCGACCCAACAAUUCUUGCCUUUGAGCAGCAACUACCUCCGUUUAUCUGUGUUAGAAGCGCAGUGCUGCUAGGGCAAACGGAGCUCAACGAGGAGGAGUCAGUUCUGCUUAUACGGAUGCUGCUAAGUCGCAAUCUCAUGAGGGUGCUGGGGCUUCUGGAAGCUCUCAGGGACGUCAUGCGGGCGCGGCCAAAAGAGACUGUGCACACGCACCGUAUUGGGACGAUGUCGUUUCGAUCAUGGGACGCUUCAAUAGAGUCUAUCAUUCACCGGCUUGUGAUAUUCAUGGAACAGUUUCAGCUCCAGUUCAGUGAGCCUUGCGUCCUGCUUGUUUCUCGUUUGCGGAAUCUGACUGGCAUACUUAGUUGA